GACUUUCUGAUUCAACCAUUAAUGACUUCAUGGGGCUUGUUUGAGUGCAUGUCUUUCUACUUUACCAGUUCCUCAAAAACACAUGUAUUUAAGGUUUGCUUGUCCAACAAAAAGAUUUUCUGAUUCCCACCAGUCAGAGUUGAAAAGUUUCUUCUUUAAGUAUUUCAUCUUGCAUAACCUGUAGUUACUACCAAGAGAUCUACAACUAACAAUAUGGACUUUUCUGAUGAGGAGAAGGGAGCUGAUCAACUUCAGAACAGUGUCCGGGAGUCUAUGGCACAUGUGCAGACAGAACAUGCCUCUGUAGGAAAGCACAACAUAGAAGAUGGGAUUGCUGGCACACCUCUUGCUUCAGCUUAUUCUCUUUGGACUACUGAUGCUAAAGGCUCAGUAAGACUGAGAAUUGAAGACGGAUGUCUGGAGGAACCUGUCACAGUUCACCAAAUGUUCAAAGCCUCAGUUGAAAAAUAUGGGAACAUGUAUGCACUCGCCAGCAAGAAGGACAACAAAUGGGAAAAGAUCACUUUCUUAGAGUAUUAUCAAUUCUGCCGGAGAGCAGCCAAGAGCUUUAUAAAGCUUGGUUUGGAGCGAUUCCAUGGAGUGGCAAUACUAGGAUUCAAUUCAGCAGAAUGGUUCUUCUCUGCAGUCGGAGCCAUCAUGGCGGGGGGGAUAAUGACAGGAAUUUAUGCCACAAACUCACCAGAAGCUUGCCAGUAUGUGGCUAGUGACUCCAAAGCCAACAUUAUUGUGGUGGAAAACCAAAAGCAAUUGGAAAAAAUCCUGCAGAUAAGUGACAGACUGCCCCAUUUGAAAGCCAUAGUUCAGUACAGUGGACAACCCCUGCAGAACGUCUCCAAUCUUUACUCUUGGGAGGAGUUCAUGGACCAGGGCCUGGAUGUUUCUGAGAAAGAGCUGGAGGACAUCAUCGGCAGCCAGAGAGCAAACCAAUGCUGCGUCCUGAUCUACACCUCUGGCACCACCGGCAAGCCAAAAGGAGUCAUGCUUAGUCAUGACAAUAUCACAUGGACAGCCAAUCAUGCCAGCAGCGCCGGGGACAUGCAGCCAGCCGACACUAAGCAGGAGUCACUGGUGAGCUACCUGCCUCUCAGCCACAUCGCUGCUCAGAUCUUUGACCUCUGGACCGGCAUCCAGUAUGGUGAGCUGGUAUACUUUGCACAGCCAGAUGCCUUAAAGGGAAGCCUGAUAACAACUCUGCGAGAAGUUUGUCCUACAUCCCACAUGGGUGUCCCACGGGUAUGGGAGAAAAUGAUGGAGAAGAUAAAACAAGCAAUCAGUGAGUGUGGAUAUGUGAAGAAGAAACUGGUGACAUGGGCGAUGUCAGUCAGUCUGGAAGCCAAUCAAAAGUGCACGCAAAAGGAUGAUCCAAAACCAUUCCUCUUCACCUUGGCUGACAGCCUUGUACUGCAGAGGCUCCGUGCUGAGCUGGGCCUGUCUUGCUGUCAGAAGUUCUUCUCUGGAGCAGCACCUAUCGGGAGUGAAACAAUGCAGUUUUUCCUGGGCCUCAAUAUCCGUCUGUAUGAGGCAUAUGGCAUGAGUGAGAGUACAGGACCUCACUUUAUGUCAUGUCCCAAAGCUUACAAACUGCCAAGCUGCGGUAAGGUGGUGCCUGGCUGUCGAUACAAAAUGGCCAACGUAGACUCUGAGGGGACAGGUGAAAUUUGCUUCUGGGGACGAAAUGUUUUUAUGGGUUUCCUCAACAUGGAAGACAAAACUAGAGAAGCUUUGGAUGAAGACGGAUGGCUGCAUUCUGGAGACCUGGGGAAGAUAGACGAGGAGGGUUUCUUGUACAUCACAGGGAGAAUAAAAGAGCUGAUCAUCACAGCUGGAGGGGAGAAUAUUCCCCCUGUUCCCAUAGAGGAAGCAGUGAAAAAGGAGCUGCCUAUCAUCAGCAAUGCCAUGCUCAUAGGGGACAAGAGGAAGUUCUUGUCAAUGCUUUUAACACUGAAGUGUUGCAGCAAUACAGAAACCAUGGAGCCAACAGACGAGCUCAGUGUGGAGGCUGUGGAGAUUUGCAGGCAGCUAGGCACCCAAGCUACCAAGGUGUCUGACAUCAUUGAGGGGAAAGACAAAGAAGUGUACCGGGCCAUUCAAGACGGAAUCAACAGGGUGAACUCUGCAGCCACCUCUAAUGCCCAGCGCAUACAAAAAUGGACUAUUCUCAGAAAGGACUUCUCUGUUUCUGGAGGCGAGCUGGGUCCCACAAUGAAGCUCCACCGCCCUGUUGUGUUGGAAAUGUACCAUGAUGUCAUCAAAAGCCUCUAUCAAGAGUAGUGUCAUGUUCCCAAGAAAUGACUGUGGAACUGUUUUUAUGAAAAUCAUGCGUCACUUGCAUAUCUCAUCAUUCUCAUGGACAUUUAUACAUGGAAUUUAAUUUUAUCAGCAUCUUAUGGUCAGAAUACAGAAAUAAUACAGGAACCACAUUUCAUGUUUAAGACUAUUUAAGAGGAAAUUAGUUUAAAAUACUGAAUUAUCCUGAGAAUCUUCUCAUAGGCUUAAAUAUAUGUUUUAGUUCAUAUUUCUCUCCGGUCAUAUAUCAUUUUACUGCUUUGAAUCGUACCACUUACUUGCAUGACAGAAUCUUACCCAGUAUUUUGUGUAAAUAUUAUGUGGUAUUCAGUAU